UCGUAUACGUCACAAUUUGUGAAUGUGUUUGUGUUUAAUGGCGAAUUGUGAAUAGUACUACAGAUUUUUGUGAAAUAUCUCUUGAAACUUGGAAAUUACUGAGAUUUGUAGUGUGAAUUGUACAUAUUCGAUUUUACAAAAUGCGGUCAGUAGUGGAAAUAGGGGCUACAGUCCCUGCCUUUUUGGGAAAACUGUGGAAAUUGGUCAAUGAUUCUGAAACCAAUAAUUUGAUUUCUUGGAGUCCUGGAGGGAAAACAUUUGUGAUAAAGAACCAAGCAGAUUUUGCAAGAGAACUAUUACCUUUAUAUUAUAAACACAACAAUAUGGCAAGCUUUAUUCGGCAGUUGAACAUGUAUGGCUUUCACAAGAUCACUUCAGUUGAAAAUGGUGGUUUAAGAUAUGAGAAAGAUGAAAUUGAAUUUUCCCAUCCAUGUUUUAUGAGAGGACAUGCCUAUCUAUUGGAGCACAUUAAAAGGAAGAUUGCUAAUCCAAAAUCAAUUGUAACAAGUAACGAAAGUGGUGAGAAAAUUCUGUUGAAACCCGAGUUGAUGAAUAAAGUACUAGCAGAUGUGAAGCAGAUGAAAGGUAAACAGGAAAGUCUUGACGCUAAGUUUAGCGCCAUGAAGCAAGAGAAUGAGGCUCUGUGGAGGGAAGUCGCCAUCCUGCGGCAGAAGCACAUCAAACAGCAGCAGAUUGUUAAUAAUCUCAUCCAAUUCUUGAUGUCUUUGGUACAACCAGCAAGGCCUCCAAAUCCUAAUGUCAACAAUGUUGGAGUGAAGAGGCCAUACCAGUUGAUGAUUAACAAUGCAGCUCAUAAUGCAGGAGACCAAUAUCCAGGCAGAUUGAAGAAUGUAAAAUUGGACAAAGAUCUGUUGGAAGAAUUAAAUGAGGAUAACUUAGAGGAUGGACCUACUAUCCAUGAAUUGGCUCAUGAUGACCUGAUGCACAAUGAAGUAUCUCAAGAUUCGGUCAAUGCUGCAACUUUCAUGAACAAUAUAUCUCCAGGAUCAAAUUCUGGAGCUGGUCAUAGUCCUGUUGAUCCCUCAUCAUCCCUACAGUACCAUGUUACCAUGGAGGAUGGAGAUGAUGCAGAAGCAGAUGGCACGAGACAGAAAUAUCCCGUUUACUCAGCCAAUAAUAAUGGUUUGUUGCGCACUAUUGAGGUAGAGGUACCAAUGGUCGCCUCACCUUCUCCUAACAUAGCAAUGCCUACGUCGCCGAUUGAUCAGCCGGUGAUCACGAAUGUGGUCUCCAUGUCUCCUGGACCCUCGAGAUCUAAGGCGCGGAACAAUGUCAACAAAGUACCACAAGGUGUAAGAAAUCUGCUAUCACCAAGCAACUUUACGCCAUCAGCUGAUCUGAGGCUUCCAGCUGAAAUAUUCGCUAGCGAUGACUCAGUGAGCGAUGCUGGAGUGGCGGCUUCCGACGACACACUGCUGCAGGAUGUCCUAGGCUCUGAAGCUCUUUUGGCUGCCACAAAGGACAAAAUGCUUGGUGGUAUCAAUAUAAAGUUGGAGAAACCUAACCCAAGCAACAAGUCAAAGAAAUCAAAGAAAACACAGAAAGACAAUACAACCAAUCUGAACCUGGAGGACAUUAAGACCGAACUUCAGGAUGAUCUGGAUUGGAACAAUAUGACUUUGGCCACAGUUAACAACAAUCCUGGCGUCAAUAGAUACCCGUCAGUGAAUAGGAGUAACAUCGGCAAAAAUCGAGAGGAAUACUCUUCUCUAUUUGGAACUAAUAACAACAAGGGAGACAUCGAUGAUCACUUAGACUCAAUGCAAACAGACCUUGACUCAUUGAGGGAGAUGCUUCGGAGCGAUGCGUAUGCUCUCGACACGAAUACUUUAAUGGGCACUGACGAACCAGCGAUUGGACUUUCCAUGAUGUCUCACAUUCCUUCUCGACAACAUCCAUCACACGAUUAUCUAUUUGGAUCUGAGGAUCCCUUCUAUGGGCUCUCUUACAAUCCUGUAGAUGAGAAAACAGCGAAGACAGCUAACAAUGCUAAGAAGCAGAAAGGUGAGAUAGCGAAUAUAAGCGGCGGAGAGAGUCGCGUGCAGGACGUCUAUAGCAAUGACGACGCUGAAGGGAAUCAGCUUAUCUCGUAUACAGGGAAUAUUCCAGACUUUGACGAUAUAAGCAUGCCAGAGUUGGAGGCGGAGGGGGCGGACACGUGCCCGUCGCCGCUGCCCGGGGGCUCCGAGCUCAACACCCCGCUGGUGGAGACCCGAUCGCCGUCCUACAUGCUCCGGCCAUGAGGACGCGCCAAACGGAAACGACGCGCAAAGAAAGCCUCCAAGAGGUGAGCUCCCCGCUCGAACCGUAUUCAUGAACACUCAAAUUGCCUCAACGUGUGCAGAUUAAAAAGAGUCAAGUUAUAUUUUGUAUCUAUUGUAGCGUAAAUGUAUAUUAUUGUAUAAUUUUCAAAAAUAUCUCUUUGAACGUAUAACGUCCCAAAUCCUAAAUUAUUACCAGAAAUAUUCAAUUAAAUGAGUAGUACUCGAAAUAAUUAUAUUGCAUGUUAAGUGUUUCGAUAGAAUUGUACAUAAAAAUUAGAUAGUGUAUAGAUUUCACGUUUAAUAAUAUUUAUUAAGUGAAUAGAUCUAUUAAAUAAUUAUAACAUGGGAAGUUUGAAGAAAAAAAUUAUACCUACCAACUAAAACGGGACUUUGUCGGCGUUAGAAACUGCAUCCCGAAGCGAAACAUCUGAAUUCAGCCCGGAAUAUAUGUAUAUCAAAUAUAUGUAUAAUCUACUCCGGAUACUGCAUAUCAGAUUAUUGACAUCGAUUGAAAUUGUGAUAUCUGCUCAGUACAUUGGUACCUAAUGGGUAAAGGCAGAUACAAUUGGGAUACACUUCGCUUGGAUUAUCAGCCAGAGUGGAAGUUACGUCCAGACAUUUACAACAAUUAUUUUUUGAUACCAAUGCAAUGGAGAGAACUUAUGCAGGAUUUUUAUGAAAUUCAUAUUGUCCAUAGAAUAUUAUGGCGACGCACAAACGAUUUAUUCAUUUUAAUCUGGUGCCUUAAACUAACAUGCCUACAUGUCGGGAAACACACACAUCGAGUACUUUAUAUUAAUAUUAUUAUUUGAUGUUUUUUGCAAUAAAUUUGUAAGUCGCUACAUAAUUACAAAUUAACAAAAAUUUUGUCUGAUUACAAUAAAUUCUGUGUUGUAAUAAUUGUAGAAAUCAAUUGGUUAGUUUCAUCGUUCAUAUCAACAUCUGUUGACGAAAACAGUUUCAUCAUUUAAAGUAUUCACGAGUGUUUAAUGUGUAGUGUAGUACCUACUAAUAAACUAAACAUAAUAAUGACUGACUUUCCAGGCUACGUCCCGCAAAAAUAAAAUAGAUGGCGCUGUAUACAUUUGCGUUCGUUGAACCUGUUAAUUUCAUGGAUAACAGACAUAUGCAUGUUUUAUCUUUGUUUUUGGGUAUAAAUAAUGACCCUUGUUAUUACACCCAGACAUAUAACAUCUUCGACCCAUUAUUAUUCUAAUUAAAAUAAAGAGAAGCAAUAAAGUUAUAAUUCUAUACAACAUAAACAUAAAUAGCCUGUAUACGUCCCACUGCUGGGCACAGGCCUCCCCUCAAUCAACCGGAGAGGGUAUGGAGCAUACUCCACCACGCUGCUCCAAUGCGGGUUGGUGGAGGUGUUUUUACGGCUAAUAGCCGGGACCAACGGCUUAACGUGCCCUCCGAAGCACGGAAUCAACUUACUUUAAUUCUAUACGUUUCUGAUUAUAUUAUAUUUUUGAAUAAUUAUGUACCCCAACAGUGAGACAAUAGGUAAUUAUCACGUUAAAUCUGUACAGCGCCAUCUAUAUUUUUUUGGGGAACGUAGCCUGGAAAGUCCCUCAUUAAUUUCGUGACAUUUAAGUAAAUGGCUGAAAAUUCUAUAAGGUACACUUUUAGAUGUUUUUUUUUACGAUUUAGAAUGAUUUCUAGACAUUGGCUAUUCCAAUUUUAUAUUUUGACUUAAUGUUUACAAAAUUGUGGGGUUUUGAACAGUUCCACAGCAUUUGACAGUGUUUAUCGUUCAUUAUAUAUAUAUUUUUCAUCGCAAAUAGGUUUUCGUUUAUCCAUAUAUCACGUAGUGCUCUGUAUAUAAACUUUUUCAGUUUUAAGUAACACACCUUUAUUAUGAAAUAGCUUAAUUUUAAGAUUCAUAUUAAUCCCAUUUAUCCGUUAAUUGUAAUUUCUGAUUCAUUAUACAAACAUCCUAUAACAAAGUUAAGGAAGUAUUAAUGUGCAUUUUAAGACUAUUAAUAAUGUCAUCCUAUAAUUAUAUUCAUCACAGAAUAUCAUCAUAUGAUAAUAAUUAUUGAUUUCUUCGUAUUUGGUUGGCUAUUGGUAUAAAUACCUACUUAAUAUUUCUCAUUUCCGUUUAUUCGCUUUCCGUUAUUAUAUAAUUUGGUUUCCGGUUUUACUUGCUUUGUUUAAACGUAUCUAAGUAUGAAACGAAUUAAUUUAUGAAUUCAUUUUUGCUAUUACCUUAUCAUGUAAAUGGAGUUCUUUGCGUUUAU